AUGUUAGCUUGAAUCUCUUCUGAAAGCUUCUGUCUUUUGGUCUUUACUUCAUCUCUAAUUUUUGUUGCUUUGAUUUUGAUUGUGUUUUCAAUCCACUAACUAAUGUUAAAAUGAUUUGAUUAUAUUGAAAUCAAGUUUUACAUCUAAUUGUAAUUGGAUGGUUUUGUGAGAAUCAAAAUGUCCGAGUUGAAAUGUGAAGCUCCUUUGGCUGCUGGUGAAGAUUGGCCUGAUUUUAUUGAUUACCAGGGAUUCAAUAACAAAAACAACCAAGAUAUCGACUAUGAGCCAAGUGAAAUUGAAUUGGAAAAUAAUAGACGGAAUCAAGCCAAUUCAGGGACUAAUUGUAAAUCAUUGCCUGCCUCAAUUGACGAUGUAGAUUCUGGUUUCUUGGAGACCAACUUCAAGGAGACCAUUUCUGGAUCACUAGAGGAUCUGGUAAAUACAUUUGAUGAGAAGAUAACAAAAUGUUUUCAUGAUUAUGAAGAAUCGGUUGAAAAAUUAGCGCCUGUUCAGGUUCGUGCUCAAGAGGAUAUUAUCAAUGAUUCACAGAUGUGGUGGACAUUGACGGGAAAUUUCGGUAACAUUCUGCCGGUUGAUUGGAGUCAAUCAUAUGCACGUAAACUUCAAUUGCCAUCACUUAAAGCUAAAGAUCAAAAUGGAACAAAUAUUAAUUGUUUAAACAGCAAAAAUUCAUUGAAUCAUGGUGAUAAUAUUUUAGGAGAUACAACCCUUGAUGAAGAAGAUUUAGCGAAAGACUUGGAUUUACAUUCUUUGAUUUUAUCAAGCCUUCAUCAGGAGCCCAUUUUUACUGCAGAGCAAGUUCUUGAGGAAAUUGAUAAAAUAAUGCAGGAAACAUCACCAACUGACAAGGAUUCAAGUGAACCAAUGGAAGAGGAAAAAGAAAGUUCAACAAAUCGGACAGUAAAUGAGACAGAUAACGGAAUAAGGUCACUGAUUUAUCGAGAAAAGUUGGAAAAAUUAACAAUUACUCAGCUGAAUGAGCUUUACAUUGAAUUAGAACGAAUGAUUCAAGGAAAUUCCGAAACUCUCAUACAAGAAUUGGCUUUGAGAGAUGAACUGGAAUUUGAGAAAGAAUUGAAAAAUACUUUCAUUUCAUUGCUAUUGGGAAUACAAAAUAAGCGUCGUAAGCAUCACUUAGAGCGAAAGAAGGGUAAAAGUGCCAAUGAACCAAAAUAUUUGACCACUGUUAUCCCAUAUAAUCCUGCUGAUGGUCCACCUGAUGUAAGGAAAAUCCAGAUUCUUAUAAAAAUUUUGAAAGCUGUGAAUGAAGACAGCCCAACAGUGCCCACCCUGUUGACUGAUUUCAUUUUAAAAGUUUUAUGUCCAACAUGAGAUCAGUAAUGAUUUUGCUACAAAUGUGUAAUCAUUCACCCUGAUGCUGGUUAAUUGCCUCAAUAUUUCUCUCAAUUCCUCGCACUCUACAUCUUUAAGUUUAUUUUGGAGAUAAUUGUUAUCCGUUCAAUCAUAGGUUAUAACUCUUAAGAUGUUGACGAAAGUUAAUUUUUCCAUGGAAUCGCCAACUUAACUUUUAUGAAGAAAAUGUAUUUUUCUUUCAUUCAAGCUGAUAUAUCCAUAGAAAGCCAUCAAUUUAAAAGCUAGUCAUUCAUUGCUCUAUAUUCAAUAUUCAACUCUUAAUUGGCCAUAUUCUUACCCUUUUGCCAUCAUCACCAAAAAUUUUCCCGCUUCAUCUUGUUUCUCUUCUACUUAUUAAUAGUUAAUGAAUGUAAUUGAAAUGUACAAGAUCAAGAACAAUUACACUUUCAAUCAACGCCAUCAAAAAGCACUUUUCUGCUACAAAUCAGAGGUACAUCGAAUUAGAUAAACAACUCUGUAUCUCACAAUACUCAAGACAAUUUGUUUCGUUGAUGUUAAUGAGACUCAAAAUUGUACCAUCAAUAAGCCCUGAUGCUAAGCAUUUAAUCAUCUAAUUGCAAAUACUGGUGAUGAUUCGACUCAAUCUUUUGACUACACUCGUUAUGCCUGGAUCGAUAAAUUAAUAUCAUUGUUGUUUUGUUUCCUCUUUUCGUUUGAUUUUGUUUACAACUUGAUUUCUCUCAAUUCUUGAUGGCAAUUUACUUUGAAUUUUAUUCGAUGCAAUCUAAUCGCCAUUCGUUUUCUUUCUUUUGUUCUCUAAACCUUUCAAAAAGCAAUCGAAUAUUAUACUUGUAAGUUUACAACUAUUUUGUGAAUUCGGUUAAAAAUACGAGUUCUGAACUAAAUUUACUGUCUUGAUCAUUGUAAUUCUGGAGAAGAAAAAUUAUAUUAAGCUAUUAUAUUGAAGAAAAAUCGAUAAAUGAAUAUUUAUCUUCAUCUACAUAUAUUUCAUCUGAUUCAUGAAUCAAAUCAAUGUCCUAAGAAAAUUAAAUAAAAUAAAUUGA